AUGGUUUAACUUAUUUCUAAUCAUCCUUAAGAUGAAAAAAGAAUUGUGUAGUAAUUUUUAAACAUUCUUUUAGGAUCUGCAUAGCUGAUUUGAAACAAUAUAAAGAGGCAAUCGAAUGUUACGAUGAAGUAAAUCUAGUAACCAAAAUUUGA